UUAACUUUUAUUUGUCUAACUCUACUCAACCCUGUUUGUAAAUAAACAAAUCUUCAUGAAGACAGCAUGUUUGACAGCUUUUCAAAAUUAAAAAAAAUUUUUUAAAAAUGAUAGAAAUACCUAAAAAAUCUAAAAAAUGACUGAAUCUUUAAAGGAACCUGUAUUGUUUGCAGGUGAAAUUGAUGAAAAUAUUAAUCUUUCAUUGCCUGCAACUUCUGCUGAAGAAUACAUCAACCAAGUAAUAAUUGAAGCCAGAAGAUGUGAAAGCGUUGUUGUGUCAGAAAUUGACGAGACAAAAUUGAAGAAACCGACUGUGAAUAUAAAAACUUUAGCAGGAUGCACUGAAGCCCCGGCAAGCUUAGGUCCAUCAUUAGAAUGGCAAAAGUGUCAAGUUGAUGAUUUUUCGAAAAUCAGACUCUACAUUGCAAGGGUAAGAGACGAAAUACAAACUUGCAAGCGGAAAUGGAAACCUCCAGCUCUGAAAUUGCCUAAUGUCGGUGAAGAGAAAGAAUGGAUAAAAUUUCUUUCCGAUUCUAAUGAUGGGACAUGUGAAACUCUCGUGCCCACUUUAGACAUUGUUCUGGCAAUAAAUCAGCCAACCAUUGAAAACUUGUUGGAAUAUCUCGUGGACUCAGUUGUCGAACAAGGAAUUAUUCAGUUUCAUAUUGGACGAUGGAUAUACGUUUUUCUAGUUGCUCUAGAAUUACCAGUGAACCCCGACAUGUGUUCCUGUUUACGAUCCCUGGCCAGGAUAUGCUCAGUCAUUAGAGCUAAUGAGACAACGCCCAAUGCAUCUCAAGUGAAUACAUUGAAUUUAAUGAUUUGCUUGGUUGCAAGGUAUUUUCGACAACUUGAUUUAGCAGAUCAGUAAUUCAUUUAUUGUCGUGUAAAAGCUUAUGUAAUAAUUUCUAUUUUGUACAAUAAAAUAUAAAUCUAUUUCUACUUUCUUAAAAAUUUGUUACUGCACUUAAUGUCUGACGUACACAAUUGAGUUGUAUGCCUUAAUAAUAAAUACAUAUUUUAACUGUAAAA